AUGGCUUCAGCGCGGCUGCUCGUGCUGUCGGCGGUUCUUGUGCCUCUGAUCCGGUCUCAGCCCAACCAGAGUUCACCGCAGGCGCCGGUCCCUCCUCACGCCGGCGCGGAGCAGCCCCCCGUGGGUACCGAUGACCUGUCCUUCCCGUGGAGCCGUCUUCGUCUCCCACGGUACAUUGUUCCUCUUCACUACCGCAUCCUCCUGCAGCCCGACCUCACAAAUCUCAGUUUCACUGGCUCAGUGCAGAUCCAGAUUGAUGUCCAGAACAACACAAACUGGGUUGUGUUACACAGCAAAAGGCUGCAGAUCUCGAGGGCCACAAUACUGGACCACAAGCUGUCCCGUCUGUCUGAACAGGUUCUACCAGUUCUACAUAACCCAUCUCAUGAGCAGAUUGGCAUUUUCUCUCCCAGAGUUCUUAGCACUGGGCAGAAGUAUUUUCUCUAUAUUGAGUUUAGCUCAGAACUUGCAGAUGGAUUCUAUGGGUUCUAUAGGAGCUCCUACAGAACCAGCACAGGAGAGACCAGAACCUUAGCUUCAACUCAUUUUGAGCCCACGAGCGCCCGCAUGGCCUUUCCUUGUUUUGACGAGCCAAGCUUUAAAGCCAACUUCUCCGUACGGAUCAGGAGGAGCCCAGAGUACAUCUCCCUGUCCAACAUGCCUGUGAUCAAGACACUUGAAGUAGGCGAUGGCCUCCUUGAGGACUGGUUUGCUCCUAGUGUACAGAUGAGCACGUAUCUGGUGGCCUUUGUCAUCUGUGACUUCAAGUCCGUCACUGCCACGACAUCAUCUGGGGUGAAGGUUUCCAUCUAUGCUGCUCCUGAAAAGUGGCAGCAGACCCACUAUGCCCUGGAGGUUGCUGUGAAAAUGCUGGACUUCUAUGAGAAGUACUUCAACAUUCGCUAUCCUCUACCCAAACAAGAUCUGAUAGCUAUUCCCGACUUCCAGUCUGGUGCAAUGGAGAACUGGGGUCUGACCACCUACAGAGAGACCAGCCUUCUCUUCGACCCCCUCACAUCCUCCGUUUCUGAUAAACUCUGGGUCACUAUGGUGAUCGGUCAUGAGCUUGCCCAUCAGUGGUUUGGGAACUUAGUGACCAUGGACUGGUGGAAUGACAUCUGGCUUAAUGAAGGAUUUGCCAGAUACAUGGAGUACAUUUCAGUGGAGGCCACCUACCCUGAGCUCAAAGUAGAGGAAUAUUUGCUCCACACCUGCUUUGCAGCAGUCGGUCACGACUCAUUGAACUCCUCUCGGCCAAUAUCCAGCCCAGCAGACAACCCUACUCAAAUCAAAGAGAUGUUUGACACGGUCUCCUACGACAAGGGGGCCUGUGUCCUGCACAUGCUGCGGCACUUUCUGACGGAUGAAGUUUUCCAGAGUGGCAUCGUGAGAUACCUCCGCAAAUACAGCUACAGAAACGCACGCAACCGGGACCUGUGGGACAGUCUCAUCAGUACAUGCUCAGAAGAAGACUUCAUCUCUGGGAAACACUGUUACACCAGUAGCCAGUCCGCUAAGAAUGCAUACCUGUUCGCAGGGGAGCACAUGGACCUCGUGGCUAUGAUGAACACCUGGACUCUGCAGAAAGGCGUUCCUUUGGUAACGGUGAGCAGGAAGGGCUCUCGUCUGCUGCUGAGACAGGACCGGUUCCUGAGAACGGUUCUGCCCUCUGACCCGCUGUGGCCCACACUGCAGCAGGGCUUCCUUUGGCACAUCCCCCUGACAUACAAGACGGAUGCUUCCAGCAGCAUCCACAGACACCUGAUGACAACACACACAGACAGUAUAGACGUAGGAGAAGACGUGGGCUGGGUGAAGGUGAACACAGACAUGACAGGCUAUUAUGUGGUCCAUUACGAGGACGACGGCUGGGAUGUGAUGACUAAACUUCUCAGAGAGAACCACACAGCCCUGAGCUACAAAGACAGGACUCACUUGAUACACAACGCCUUUCAGCUGGUCACGGCAGGUCAUCUUCCCAUAUUCAAAGCCUUGGACCUGAUUGGGUAUUUGCUGUUAGAGACGCACACAGUGCCUCUCCUUGAAGGACUGGGCUAUCUGGAGACAUUUUACCACAUCAUUGAAAAGAGAAAUGAGCCCGAAAUGAUGCACAGUCUUGGUGUGUACAUCCUGCAGUUUUUCCGCGCUGUCAUCGACCAGCAGACGUGGAGCGACAGCGGCUCUGUGUCCGAGCGACGGCUGAGGUCAGAGGUCCUGGCACUGGCUUGCCACCUGGACGAUGCGCCCUGUGUUGAACAGGCGCGUCUCCAUUUCAAAGGCUGGCUUCAGUCCAAUGGAACGCUCAGCCUACCCACUGAUGUGGCAGAGACGGUGUUCGCAGUUGGAGCUCGGGACGACAGCGGUUGGGUGUCACUCUUACACGCUUACAACAUCUCCCUGUCUGCAGCACAAAAAGAAAAAAUCCUGUUUGCUUUGACUCGCAGCAGAGACGCCGACAAACUGCAAAGGCUGCUGGAACUGGGCCUGGAAGGAAAAGUGAUACGGUUACAGGACCUGUCCUCUGUUAUCCUGAUGGUGUCCAGAAACCCACAGGGACAUCACCUCGCCUGGAACUUUGUGAAAGAGAACUGGGACUCACUGGUUCAAAGGCUUCAGCUGGGUUCAUUUUGUAUGAGAAACAUCAUCAUUGGCACCACAGGCCAGUUUUCAUUUCCAGAGGAACUCACUGAAGUGCAGUCAUUCUUCCACUCCAUUAAAGAGCAGGUGUCUCAGCUGAGAGCUGCUCAGCUUGCCCUGGACAACGUGAAGAAAAAUGUUCGCUGGGUUAAGAGGAACCUAGAGCCUUUGAGGAACUGGCUGACAGAGAAAUUGCAGUGAAAGAGCACUGAAACAGAGGUGGUGGGUGGCUGCCUACCUGCUAUUUGUGUGAUUUGAUAUUAAAACAAGAUCUUUUAUACUA